ACAUCCAUUCUACAUAUUCACUCAUCUUCCUCUCCAAAUAAAUUCAUUCAUUAUUUUACCAUUUAAAUUUUCCUACAAAUACAAAACAAUAUGGGACUGGAUAUGUUGAUGAAUAUGUUUGCUGGUCUUGGAACUGGCGAUUUAGGCGCACCAGAGAAUCCAAAUGUACCACCUGAAGAACUCUAUGCAACUCAAUUGACACAACUUCAAGAAAUGGGAUUUUUGACGCGGCAGAGAAUAUUAGGGCUCUACAAGCUACUCUUGGUAAUGUCCAUGCUGCAGUGGAGCGACUUUUGGGAAAUAUUGGUCAGUGAUAAUAUUGAUCAGACGAUUUGUUUUUUGAACACAAGUUCACCAAAGGACAUAACCUUUUGUGGAUUAAGAUUUGGUACACCCAGAUUAGUCUCACAGAAGAUUGGAAAAACACAGAGCUCGGGAACCAGGAUUACUAUUUAUGCUUGUGUUUCUGGGUAUAUAGGCUCGUAUCUCACUCCCUAGGCUAAAUGUUUAGACAUUCUUCUUACCCUUCUCCCCUCUACUGCGUCUUUGAACGUUAUGUACAUACACAAUUUGAAUUAUGUUCUGUGAAAUGUUUGAUAUGAUUCUAGUCAAUGUAUUUUCCAGGAUGUAGUUUUCGGAUUUGAUCCUGUUAUGGGUUUCUUUGCUGUAUUUUUAGCUGAGAAGAACCAGCUUCUGCUUUUAGAGAAUCAUAUGUGUUUCCCAUACGCUGUUAUGAGUAAAGAAUUUACAA